AUGGCCACUUCACCUCUCUCUACCCUGGCCCCUAAGGAUCGUUUCUAUGCUCACCUUACUGAUUCGCAAAUCAACGCGGCUGCCGGUGCCGUUGCUGGUGUCUUUUCCGCGCUUGCAGUUUGUCCACUAGAUGUGGCCAAAACAAAACUCCAGGCUCAAGGUGGUAUGCUUUCGCUCCAGAAACAUUACGCCGGCACUCCUCCGGAAUCAGCUUCUUUAUCACCCCAAAACACACCAAACGCUCAAACUCCUAUUCCCCAGCGACAUUUGUCAGCAACCUCAGUAGCAGCAAAAGCAGCAGCAAAAGCAGCAACAGCAACAACUGCACCUAAAGCUACAUACCCUGCACCUUAUGUCCCCAAGUAUCACGGAAUUCUGGGGACUCUUUCCACAAUUGUACGCGAAGAAGGAGUCGCUGGACUGUAUCGUGGUGUCGUUCCCAUCACUAUCGGCUAUUUACCAACAUGGGCAAUCUAUUUUGUUGUCUACGAAGACGUCAAAAAGCUCACAGAAAAGCCACUGGCCAACUACCCAUUUUUUGCACAUAUGGUUUCUGCUUUAUCAGCAGGAUCUUCUUCAACACUGGUCACUAACCCCAUCUGGGUCGUUAAAACACGACUUAUGACCCAGUCUAAGGGCCACAAUAAGUAUAAGGGCACCAUUGAUACCUUCCACAAAAUGUUUAUGGAAGAAGGUAUUCUUUCAUUCUACGCUGGCCUGGGCCCCGCGCUUCUUGGUCUGUUGCAUGUCAUGGUCCAUUUCCCUCUUUACGAAGAGCUCAAAAAGGUUUUCCACGUUGACGACAAUGUUCCCAAAUUGCAUCAAGCUCCGCAGAUUCUAUGUGCAUCUGUCAUAUCCAAAAUUUGCGCUUCCACUUUGACCUACCCCCACGAAGUUAUUCGCACCCGCGUGCAAAUCCAGCCCACCAUCAUAGAGGAAAGUGGCGCGCCGGGUUGCUCCUCAUCUUCCGAUUCGGGAAAAUUCAUGAAGAAACGUAAUACGUCUCUUAUGAAGUAUCAUGGCAUCAUUCAAACCACAAAAACAAUUUGGCGUGAAGAGGGAUGGCGUGCGUUUUAUUCUGGUCUGGGAAUCAAUAUGUUCCGUACUGUCCCUGCUAGUGCUUUGACUCUUUUGACCUAUGAAGUCGUUGCAAGUUAUUUAAAGGACAAACGCAACCAUAUUAUCAGGAGUCUAUGA